AUGUUCAAUUUUAAACCAAAGUUAGAGAAAUAUUAUUAAUUUUAGAUAUUAUAAUUCUCAGGAAAAGAAAAAAUUUGAACAACUAUUUGAAGCUUACUUCGACCCAGUGAACUAAAAUAAGACCUCAAGCUAUUUAUCAAUAUUGAAGAAGUAUUAUUAAGUCAUCAUAAAUUUAAGAAAUAAAUAAAUUAGAUUUCUUACAAAGGCCUUUGUAUUUACAUUUCCAUUGAUAUUUGGAUUGUAUUUGUUGCCAGGUAAUUAAUUUAAGAUACAAAUUCAAAUUAAGAAGGUUGUUAGAAAAUCAAUUGUAGAAUUUUACAAAUUUAUUUAUGAUUAUUCUGAUUUAUCAUAGUAAGUAUUAAAUUAUAAAAGAUUUAAGUAAAUCAACAUGUUCACAACAAUAUCUAUUGGCAUUAAAUUAAUAAUAUAUAUAUUUUGAGGAAUAAGAAAUUAAAAAUGAAGGGCUGUUCGAGAAUAUCAUUAAAUAAUACAUAUUCAUAUUGAAUGGUAUAAAAUAUGAUUAAUGAAUUAAGAUAAUCAAGAUUAAUUGGAGUUUGUAUUACUACAUUUGGAUGAACUUUUAUUAAAGGUGCUGGAGAGAAAUCGAUAUCAUUAUUUUAUUGAGAAUUCAACAAUUUUGAUAGAUCUAUUAGAUAUCAUAACUAGAACAUUACCAGAUUUAGAUGUUUCCCAAUUACAAUAUAAAUAUUAAUUUGAAUUGCAAAAGCUAUAGUCAAUUACAACUUUACUUUGUGCCUUGUUUCAAUAUUGUUUAAAGUAGGACGAAAGAAUCGAAAUAUAUCAAUAUGGCGUGGGCAUCUUAAAAAAGAAUGUUGUAAUGGCAAAGCUUUUGUAAUCACAAUUCAAUUUGUUGUUACCAAUAAUCUAUAAGGAUUUAGCAUGUCAGGAAGAUUAGAUAAAUUUAAGCACAAUUAAGUUUUUGAUUGAAUUUUAAAACAGUUUAAGUAUAAAAUGGUUUAAUAUGAAGAGAGCAGCAAUUUGUUUGAUUAGUUACUGAAGGAUCAAUUAUUUUCAAAUUUGAUAAGUGUGUUGGACAGAAAAUCUCCAUAGUUUAGAGAGGAGUUCUUGAAAUUUUUGGGGAUGGUGAAUGAGAAUAAGGAGGUUUGUUAUUUGAUGAAAGAGACGAAGAUUUACGAGGAGGAGAAAUUAAGAUUGAAGAGUUUAAAAGUAAAUAAAGAGUUAUAGAUGAUUAUAAAAUAAUUGAUAUAAUGAUU